AAAACGAGAGCAUAAAUGAAAGACACUUGCCCACUUGCUUAUGGAGGCACCAGCCAAUACGACGGUUGCCGAUGGUUAUCGCAGUGCCUUGCAGAGGAUGUUAGUAGCCGACAGAGGCCAGAAUGGCUUCUUCGGAAGAGGUGUUGGUAGUUGGCGGUCGUAAUGAAAUACGUGCUCAAGUUUUGAUCAUCGGUGGUGGUGUUGCUGGGCUGACAGCUGCGAAUCGCCUUAGCGCGCAUGGAUUCGAAAAUGUCAUGAUCCUGGAAGCUAGAGACAGACCAGGCGGUCGAACGUAUUCAAAACCUUUCGGGGAUAGCUACAUCGAAUGUGGUGCGCAGUGGAUUCAUGGACAAGAUGGAAAUGUUGUUUUCCAAGUCGCAAACGAAAAUGGUUUGGUGGAUCACGACUGUCCAUACUAUCUGGAGCAGUUCUAUGUUUGGCCUCAGCUGACCGAAGAGCAACAUAGUGUGGCCUCAGAAGUCAGUUCUCUUAUUUUAGAAGCACUGGAUAGAUGCCAAAAGAUGUCAACAAAUCGUAGUCGAAAUGAUACGCCGAGUGUCUUUCAGAAGUCACUUGGCCACUUCUUGCGUCACAGUCUCCUUGACUACAUCAGCAAAAACAGUUUGUCCAGUGACAAGGUUCAACUUGUUGAGGCGUGCUACGACUGGGCAGUACGAUUUCAGCAAGAAAUUCAGGGAUGCAGCUGCCUCACAGAUGUCUCUGCUCUAUUUUUUGGCCAGUACCGUGAAUGUGAUGGGAACAUUGUGACUGAGCUGAAGCACGGUUAUGGAAAAUUUGUGGAUUUCAUUUUGCAAGGCUUCCCUUCGAAGUGGCUACAGCUUAACAAAUGUGUGACCAGUGUGACAACAUCUGUGGCACCCCUUUCGACAAACACCUGCGUUAUGAAUGAGAGGCCACAUAAUCACCUGAAGACUUCUUUUGCAGCUGUUCCUUUAGGUAGCAACAAACCAGUAAUCACUGUGACGUGUGAAGAUGGCUCAGUUUACAAGGCAGACCAUGUAAUAGUCACUCUGCCUCUGGGCUGCCUCAAAGCGCAUGCCACGCAUAUUUUUGACCCACCACUGCCUGAAAAGAAAAUGCUGGCCAUCAGGUCACUGGGAUUUGGUGCUAUUGACAAGGUAUUCCUAAAGUACAGUGUGCCUUUCUGGAAGGCUGGUGAUGUGUUCCAAGUACUGUGGCUCGAUGGUUUCAACCACUGUGGGAACAAAGUGGAAGGGGAUGACAUGUCUGCAUGGGUAACACACAGCCAGCUGAAUACUUCCUGGUUCAGAUAUAUUGGGAGAUUCAAUGCUGUGCAUAACCAUCAAGAUCUGCUGUGUGCAUGGAUAACUGGGGAAGGAGCAAAGUAUAUGGAAACACUAAGUGAUGACGAUGUCCGCAUUGGUUGCCACAACGUCCUUGUCCAGGUUCUUGGAAAGAAGGACUUGCCUUUACCAUGCGAGGUGGAGCGGAGCAAAUGGUACUCUGAUCCUUAUUCAAGGGGUUCCUACACGUACAUCUCAGUGGCCUGUGAUUCAACCGGUGCUUUGCCUCGAGACUUGGCUGAACCGAUAUAUGAGCCUGUGGUGCACUGCGGAACAGAAGUCACGUAUCCAGUGUUAUUCUUUGCGGGUGAGGCAACACAUCCCCACUUCUACUCAACUGUGCAUGGUGCCUAUGAGUCUGGCAUCAGAGAAGCAGAUCGUCUUGCGGACUUCUACUUUAAAGCUGGAUCAGGACAAGAAUCGUGCUGCGUACCAGACGAGGAAGACAGUCAUCUGGUCAAAGCGGAUCCCUUAAGUUCUGCAGGGUUGAGUGCAUCAUUGGCUGGCUCAAAUCCCCGCAUUAUAAUUGUGGGAGCUGGUGCUGCUGGUCUUUCUGCUGCAUACAAGCUGACCCAGAAGGGCUACACUAAUUUUGUUGUUUUGGAGGCUCAGAGGAUGGCUGGAGGGAGGAUACAAUCUUACUACUAUGGUGACAACAGAGUCCUGGAGUUGGGUGCCCAGUGGGUCCACGGUGAGGAGGGAAACCCCCUGUAUAGAUAUGCAUUAUCAAAAGACCUGUUGGCCGACCCACGAAGGCAUCAUUCCCUUGAGGGCCGUGGUAUUUUUUGCACAGAACAAGGAACUCGGUUACCCCAAGAGUUGGUUGACGAGGUCAUCACUGUGCUAAACCAGAUAAAGGAGGAACUGGGGGGACGGCGACCUCGGCUUGAAGGAAAUCGGGAAGUGUUUGUGCUCAAUGAGUUGCCCAUAUCAGUUGGAGAGUACUUGCGUUCACGCUUUCUUGAGCAUCUUGAGCUGAAAAGUGAUACAGCCGACAUAGUCAAGGUCAAGUGGGCCAUUUAUGACUGGUAUUGGCGUUUUGAGGUUAUUGAUAACUCCUGCUAUAGUCUGGAUGAGCUCUCAUUCAAAAGCUACGAGGAAUUUGAGGAAUGUCCUGGCGUUUGGAACAUCAACUUACGGCAUGGCUUUUCUAGUGUGAUCAAUAGUCUCUUGGAGCAUAUUCCUGAAGCCAACAUCCGCUACAACAAGGCUGUCAAGCGAAUCUAUUGGCACAACAGUGCAGUCUCUUCGUGUACGAAAAUGGCUCGCUCCUCAAUCAGUAACUCACAAGAGACUGUCUUGGAAAGUAUUCCAUUUGUAGAAUGUGAGGACGGUGAAAUUAUGUCGUGCAGGCACUUGCUCCUAACUAUGUCUGCAGGUUACCUCAAACAGCAUCUGGAUGACAUGUUCGAGCCAAAGCUUCCAGAUAAGAAGUGUCAAGCACUGCGUGGCAUUGGCUUUGGUACUAUAAACAAAAUAUUUCUCGUCUUUGAGCAGCCCUUUUGGGACACGGGAGCCGAAGGGUUUCAGUUAGUGUGGCUUGAUGGUGACUCGGAAGACACAGCUGAUCCAAACUGGUGGGUUCGGGGUAUAUCUGGAUUCGAUCUUGUGUACAAAAAUCCCAAUGUUCUUGUGGGUUGGAUUGGUGGCAAGGCAGCUGAACAUAUGGAGACAUUGAGUGACCAUGAAGUCCUCCGUGCCUGUGUCCACGUCCUGACCACGUUCCUCGGUCGAGACAUCCCCGAACCUGUGUCCAUUAUCAGGUCAUACUGGUUCACGAACCCCUACAUUUUGGGAAGCUAUAGCAACAGACAGCUACCAUAUGGCACAUCGGACACCCUCCUGGAGACCUUUUAUGAACCUCUAGUGGCCGAUGCCCCACUGCAUCGAGUAACCAGAGUAGAGUGGCCCCUUGUUCUCUUCGCUGGUGAAGCUACUGAUAAGGACUUCUACUCAACUGUCCAUGGAGCGAUGAGGUCGGGGUUCCGAGAAGCGGAUCGCUUAAUUAACUUCUGGAGUAGAAAACGAGAUGACAUCAUCCUUGAAUCAACAGCACAGCGAAGACUCUGAGGGCCAACCACUGAAGGCACAUCAUUUCUUACUUCGUCUGACAAUCAGGCUGUGGCAAAAACAAGAAACAACAGCCACAAUAGUCAAAUGAUGUGGCAAGCUGUAUUGCGAUUUCUUUAUGCAGUUCAUCAUAUGCACUAUUCUGCAUUGACACACAGUCUUAGCUGAAUGUAAAGCACAUCUGCACAGUUUGUUGGAACUGGGGCUAAUCCUCGUCAUAUACGUCUUGGUGUAGCUGGCUGUGGAGCAUUGUGCAAAGUACUGCCUACAGCAUAGCAUUGCAAAACCGUUGUAUGCUACUUGUGGGUAGCUAGUGAGAACAGCAAUCGCUGUUUUGUGUAAAAGAACAUUUUAAUGCAAGGGAAGUUUGUUUUUUAUUACACUGUAGUUUCAUUGGGUCUGCUCUUGCAGCUCCAGUUUUGAAGUGCCAAGGUCAGGACAAGUACAGCUGCUUUACAAAGCAUUCGCCCUGUAGCACUAGUCCGACACAUUUUGGUCAAGACACUUGUGACUGCGCUAGUCCUUUUUUUUUAAAUAGCCGCUUUCUAAUAUAACUCAAUCACUAAAGGCAGCUGUGCAACAUAGCCAAAUACAGCGCUUAACUGCCGUUUAAAGGUGCCCUGCAACACUUUUUGAGCAUGGUCGGAAAACGCUGCCGAUCGGUAGUAGCGGCUCCCGAGAAUACAUGAGCCAAAUGCUAUAGUGCAGCACGGGGCCUGAAAUUCACAAUAAAUUAUCAAAGUCAGCUAAAAAUUGCUUUCUCUUCGCUCAGCAAAUGGCAAAAGACGCUCAAAAAAUCAUUCGUAGAAAGACCACUGUUCAAAUCAGCCAUUGGCUAAUUUGAACAUGACGCUCUCGAUCCUUACGGAGAUCGCCGCGGAAGACCGUCACUUGUCCACGCGUGCGCGCGCGAUCGCACUGAAAGAGUGGUGUAUUCGAAGGAAAAAAAAAAGAAAAAAAUGCUCAAGGUCAAGAGGUGCGCACCACAUAUUUUGUUUGCCCCUCCCAUCCCUCCCUGUUUAGCUUCCAACGCUUUUGUCAGGACGAGAGAAGAGAGAAAGGGAUUGCAGCGUGUGACAAGUCUUUGCAAUUCCGCUUGUAUUGGACGGAUUCUUAAAAUUUUUGUAGUGUUCAAUUUGUGAAGCAAUGAGCUCUUCCAGUGAAAUAAGUCCAUGGUUACUCAAAAAAGUGUUUCGGGGCCCCUUUCAGGCAGAAGUUUAUGAACGUGUAGAAGUUUGCAUGUUUAGAAUUUUACUGCCACUGGACUUUUAGUAUGUUACUGGGGGGCUGUGCAAUUUCUUUACUACAAUACACAUAGUGUGCCUAUGGCAGGUGCUUGAUGCAUGUGCCUGUAGUUUACCUCUGAGCAAGAAGCAAAUUUCAACUUCGAUUUUCGCUCUGACGAACUUCACACAUACCCCAUUAUAUACCCCUGCAACUUCAGGACGAAGUACACAUUUUGCAAUUGUUUUCGACCAAUAUGAUUGCCAUAUUUAUUAUGUGCCAAGAAAUACGCCAUAGAAAUAGUGCUGUUGCACAUUCCUAUCUACAAUAAAAUUUAUUUCUAUUCAGCA